AUGCAUGAAGGACGAGGAUUCGCGGCCGAGCGAGGAGCCUCGGCAUUAGGAGCCAUGGAAGUGCACGCCGACCUGCGUCCGAUCCUCGGUCCCGACCUCGUCCGUCUGGAUCCCAUGCGCAUCAAGCAGCUCCAGUCAGUUGUUUUCAUCACUCCUCAAUUAGACAAAUCGGAAAGUAAUUGAACCAGUUAUCGUCCAAAAACUGAAUUUAUUUCAUUAAUUUCGUUUUUGUGAAAAUCAUUUUAGGAAAACUCAUUUUAAUAAGGCCAAAGCCAAAGUAAAACGCGAAGGAAGGAACUUGGUCUGCUAAAUAAAUGGUGAGCCAUUCCCUAAAGUACUAAUUCAAAAGACCGUUUUCAAUACUUCGAGACAUCUACUAACCAAGAAAAUUAAACGGCAAACGCCAUUAGAAAAACAUCUCUCACUAAAUCAAAAGUGUCAGGGAAAUCGAAAAGAACGGUUAUUCAAUUAAAUUCCUUUCGAUUUUCAAUUGGAUUCUCUCUCAAGUGGUACUUUCUACUUUUACAAUUCGUUUUACUCUUUCAAAGAAGUUUUUGACUUCAAACGACUUGAAGAAAGUAUGAUCAAUAUCGGGAAAAAUAUCCAUUCGCAAUCCCUAAGAAAGACUGUCGAGAUAAACGCGAUGUCGCUGGCGGUACAUUAACGAGCUCGGAAACAUCUCGCUUCGUCUUCGGCGGAUUCAGGCGCGACCUCACAUUUUUCUAGGCUUCGGAAAUUUUAAAAUGGGUGAGGAAAUCGAGAUAAAUGUAGGGUGGCGCCUAGAAAAACGCGAGAUGUUUGCGAGUUCGUUGAUAUCCCGCCACCGAUCUCGCGCCAGACUCGGCAGCUAUCUUUAGUGAUUGCAAUGGAGAACUAGGGAUUCCUUUUUUGCAAAACCGUCAGAAAAGUAGAAGGGAAAAAAGGAACUUCAACUUCUUGCAGAUCACAAGUUGUCUACGAUGCGAUCGACGAACUGGCCAAAGGCUCGGCCCAGUGUAUGCAGCUCCGAUCGCCCCUCACUACCUGCGCGAAACUCAUCGAUUCGGACAACACCCUUUAUCUCAGCUGGAAAUACGACCAGUGCGUUCGGAUUCUCAUCUGAAUCGGAGCCUCGAAAACGUUUCAGAGACGAAGGCGUCAGCAAACUUCUAGGAUUUGCCAAGGUCGGCAGAAAGAAGCUCUUCCUCUACGACGCCCAGAUGCAAACCUACGAAGGCGAGGUAGUUGAACUCUUGAUCCGAAAGAUCAGGGAUCGCAGAUCCUGUGUCUGCUCGACUUCUACGUGCACUUCUCGGCACAGAGACAAGGCGUCGGCAAGGCCAUCAUCGACUACAUGCUGCAGAACGAGCACGCCCAGCCUUAUCAGGUGCGAAUCUUUGUCUGAAUCUUUACAAUCAGCGCAGCUGGCUCUGGACAAUCCCUCGGUGACGUUGCUGGGAUUCAUGAGUCAGAAGUUCGACCUGAAGAAGCCCGUCUGGCAGAACACCAACUUUGUCGUUUUCGAUGAGUUGUUCCAAGUGUACGCCGAGAACGGAAUGAGUGAGAGAGCAUCAGUAACAGUUGCUGAUAGCCGGAAUUGAGACGCGAAGACGCCUCCGGAAGGUUGGCGACGGCCGCAAACUCCACGCAGAAUCGGAACUGGAGCGACGGACACACGUUGGCUCGAGCACGCCAUCAGCGGACAUCCGUCCAAGGUUCUGCCUCCCGUUCACCGCUUUCGAAAUGCGUAGCCGAGCUUCAGGGAAACGCGAUGAGUGCUCCUGUCGAGGCUGACCAGACGCCUCAAGGAGCUUUGUCCAACCGCGCUCAUCAGGCCAAGACUCGGAAGGCGCACAUCCUCUCGAGCAAGCCUCUUUGGUAG